AUGCCGCCUUUCAGACGAAAAAAGUCAGGAAAAUCUUUUCCCGUAAAAGUUUGCACUCUGGACGCCGAACUGGAAUUUAAUUUAGAGUGGAAAGCUACAGGAAGGGAGUUAUUUGAUUUAGUUUGUUUGACAAUAGGACUAAGAGAAACAUGGUAUUUUGGAUUACAGUAUGAAGAUACUAAAGGAUUUAUUUCAUGGUUAAAAUUAGAUAAAAAGGUUCAGGAUCAAAAUAUUGCUCAGUCAGGUGCAGCACAGACGUUUAUGCUUUUAGCUAAAUUUUAUGCUGAAGAUGUGGCAGAUGAACUAGUCCAGGAAGUAACUCAACAUUUAUUUUUUUUGCAAGUGAAACAAGCUAUAUUGUCUAUGGAUAUAUAUUGCCCUCCUGAAGCCAGUGUUUUACUAGCUAGUUAUGCAGUUCAAGCUAAGUAUGGUGAUUAUGAUGAAUCAACUUACAAACCUGAAAUGCUAUCUAGUGAAGUUCUUUUACCUCAAAGAGUUAUCGGGCAAUAUCAAAUGACUCCCGAGAUGUGGGAAGAUAGAAUUAAGAUUUGGUAUGCAGAUCACAGAGGAAUGUCAAGAGACGAAGCUGAAAUGGAAUAUUUAAAAAUUGCUCAAGAUUUAGACAUGUAUGGCGUUAAUUAUUUUCCCAUAACUAAUAAGAGGCAAUCUGAACUGUGGCUCGGAGUAACAGCUUUAGGAUUAAAUGUAUAUGAAAGAGAAAAUAAAUUAGCACCGACAAUAACAUUUACUUGGGCUGAAAUAAGAGAUAUAUCUUUUGAGAAUAAAAAAUUUAUUUUAAAAACUGUCGAUAAAUUAUCUCCCAAUUUUGUUUUUUUUUCAAAAAAAGUUAGAAUGAACAAAUUGGUAAGAAAUCAUGAUUUGUUUAUGAGAAGAAGAAAACCGGAUUCUAUGGAACUUCAACAGAUGAAAGCUCAAGCGAAAGAAGAAAAACAAAGGAGGCAAAUAGAAAGAAAUAAAUUAGCUAGAGAAAAACAAUUAAGAGAAGCUGCUGAAAGGGAUAGGGCUGAAAUGGAACAAAGACUUUUGCAUUAUCAAGAAGAAAUUAAAUUAGCAAAUGAAGCCUUGCGACGAUCUGAGGAAACAGCAGAGUUGUUGGCUGAAAAAUCAAAAGUUGCAGAAGAAGAGGCUAUCUUGCUUAGUCAAAAGGCAUCAGAGGCUGAACAAGAAAUAACAAGAAUACGUUUAAGUGCCAUGAAGACUGAGGAGGAAAAAGUACUUUUAGAAAGAAAAACUAGGGAAGCUGAAUUUUUAACGGCAAGAUUAGUCGAAGAAUCAGAGAGAAGAGCUGCUGAAGCUGAGAGACUUAAAGAUCAUUUGCUCAGAGCUCGUCUUGCCGAAAAACAAGCUAAAGAAAAACUUUUGGAAUUUUUAUCAAUUAACGCUUUUCAUAAUUUAACAAAUUCAGUAAGGAAAUUUCUUUUUAAAGAUAUCUAUAUUUAUCGCACUGUAUCUAGUAUGUUUACCAAUAGUACCGUUGUUUGCGUUGAUGGUCACGAUGAUAUAGAUCCAUUACGCCGUAACGUACCUCAAGAUUUGUCACAAUAUGACGCACUUUGUCAUCAUGAUGUUCAACAAUUAUCGUUAGAAAUAGAAAAAGAAAGAGUGGAAUAUUUAGAGAAAAGUAAACAAGUUCAAGAACAAUUGAGAGAUUUAAGAAGUGAAAUAGAAGAAUUAAAAGUUGGAGAAAAAACGACAGAGCUAGACAAUUUACACGAUGAACAAGUUAGAUUAGGGGAAAAUAAAUACUCUACCCUUAGAAAGGUAAAGUCCGGGUCUACAAAAGCUCGCGUAGCAUUUUUCGAAGAAUUGUAA